AAAGGUUGAAAGUUAAAAAAAAAAAAGUGACAUUCUAUCUGUGAUAAGAAUAAACAAGAGAUUUCCACAUUUAAUCCUGAAUUAGUCAGGCAAUUAAUAAACUCAAGCAUCAAAUCAAAAUUUUGAAUACAUUUAAAUUAAUGAAGAAACUUGGAAUGCGGAAGUCUCUUCUUGUAACGCGUUUAACUGAACUUAAUCAACAGCUUGUGACAAUUGCCGAAUUACAAAAAAUGGAAGAAGAAUACGACAAAAAUCUUGUCCUACAUUCUAAGGUAUAUAAUAUUUAAAUAUAAGGUAUAGAGUAUCUAAUUCAUUAACAUUAAUAAUAAUAAUCUGUUUAAGAUUUGCGAUUGUCCACACCAUAUGUUAUCUAUUGAAGAAAAUAAGAAAAAAAUACCAUGUAAUGUUAACACUUGCAAAACUCGGAGAAGAUGUACUUGCCUUUGUCAAUGCAAUAAAAUAAAUAAAUGUAAGUCGUUUUUUAUUUAUACAAAUAUAAAUAAUUAUUUACUUUUAUUUAUUACAUUAUCAGUAUAUAAUGAAACAUUAGUACAUAAAAAGAUGGUAUAUUCUAAUUAAUAAAUUACUUAUUAUUAUUAUUAUAUCCUCUUCUUUCUCUUGCAAAUCACCAGCUUAUAAAAAUGUUGAAAAAGUUAAAGAUAAUUCACAUAGACAAACAAACGAUAAUGGUACCACAAAGGAAGAUGCAUAUACCGAAGAAAUUGGUAAAUUAAUUAAAUAAUAUCAUUUAAUUAAAUAAAAUAUUAAAUAUAACAUUCUUAGUAUUUAAUUAAAUGAUUUCUUUCCUAGGACAGGUACUCGACACAAGAUUAGAAAAUGUACAAAAUUUGGAAAAAAUAAAUUCUUACGUGCAAGAUAAUAUUGACAAUGCAAUUGAUCAUAAGAUAAACAACGUAGUAAAUACUUCGUUAGAAAUUCCGGUACAAGACAAUGAUAAAAGUAAAGAAUCAGAAGAGAUUAUAACAUUAGCGGAUAAUAAUCAAAACAAAACAAAUACCUUGAGUAAAAGAAGCUUGGAAAGAAUUCAAAAAGUUGUCAUAUUUAUAAUAAUAAUAUAAAAUAAACGUUCUAAUCUAUGAUUUCAGUUAAAAGACUAUUUAUAUAAUCCAGGUUGAUUUAUCAGGAUUUGUCUAACGAAAAGAAACAAAAGAGAGAUUUGGAAGACAAGUUGCAAAGUGCCAAAGAACAUUUAAUUAAGUUGAAGGAAGAUAGCGAACAGGAAAUUUCUAACUUGAAAGAUGCAUUAAAAAAAGCAGAGGAAGAACUCGUGUUAGCCAAAAAUGAAACUAACACUGCUACAGCAGAGAAAGACAAAUUGUUAAAAGCUAUGUCAAUAUUGAAAGUAAGUGAAUCAAAUUUGCAAGAUAAAGGAUUACAAAUUUAUUUUUAUAGAAGGAAAUGAAUAAUGUCAUUGACAAGAAUGCAUCUUUGUGCUGCGAAUGCCAGAAUUUAAAAUUUAAAUUGCGGACAGCUUCUGAAUGCGAGAUGAGAACGUAAUACAUGAAAUUAAUAUACUGCGAGAUUACAAUUUAAUUAUAUUGCUUUAGAUAAUAUAUAUUUUUCAUUUUCAAGUUGCACAGUCGUUCAAGAUGAGGUAAACGGUAUAAAAAAUAUAUUUAAACAAAAAGAACAGAUUCUUCAAGCAGAAAUAAUUGAACUGAAAGGAUUGAUUGCAGAACUCACAAAUGUUACAAAAAUACAAGAAAGAAGAAUAUGCGAAUUAACUAAUAUUUGUAAAAAACAACAAUGCAGCUUACGUAACAAAAGUAAAACGAUUAUUGAAAAGGAAUCGAAACUAUCUGAUAUGCAAUCACUACUGAAGUCAUAUAGUUACAAAUGCACCGGAAUGCAAAAUAAUAUCGAAAAUUUAGAAUCUACCUUAAAUAAGGAAUCGGUCACAUGCAAUAAUUUAAAAGAGGAAUUAGAACGUUUUAAGGACGAUUAUAAUUGUAUGUUAAAUAUUAAAACUAAAAUUAUAGAAGAACAAGAUGAAACAAUAAAAAAGCAGAAACGUCUAUUACAAAAUAGUGAAAUUAUGGCUCAACAAGCUGCAUCUGAAUUUGAAGAAAUUAGAAAUGAAUUAGUUCAUGAAAAAGAAACAUGCGAAUCUUUAAGAAUUGCAUUAAUUACUGCGGAAGCACAAUUAAAUGAAAAAUAUAACAUUGAGUGCAAGAACUGUCCAAAUUUAAUAGCAGAACUACAUUUGUUAGAAGAACAAAAGCAAAAAGCAUUAAUUGCAGCAAAAGAAGCUUUACAGAAACUAUAUGCUUCUAUACGACAUUAUCAAAGACAAUUGGUUUUUGAAAGACAACAGUGUAAAUUUCUAGUAUUAAAACUGAAAGAAAAGGAAGAAGAAGUUGAAUACAUCAUGAGAGAAUUUGCUUACAGAAAGAAAACAACUGUGCGCAAAUCAAAUGACUUUUUAUCCUAAAAAAUGCGGCUGUAAAAAUAAGAUUAGUAACAAGUUUUGUUUCACCUUAUUCAAUUUGUAAAAAAAGUAAAUUAAUGUAUUCACUCCUUAAAGUACAGUCGUGUAUCAUUGCUUUUAACUAUUAACUUUAUUUAUUAUAAUUAAAUCUUUUUAAUAUCACUUUUUAC